AUGUUAUUAUUAAACUCAUUUUAUUUUCUAUAUAAAUGUAAAGAAGUUAGAGUUACAAAUAAUGCCGGAACUAUAGAGAGUGUGUGUAAACAAUUGACGGUAAAUGUCAUAUCAGCCGAUGCUUACAGUGAUAGUAUAUUAAGUCAAACAAAGGAAAAAGAUGAAGAGCUAUUCAAAAUAGGAUGUUGUCUGGAUCACUAUAAAGAGACAUCGGAAAGUAUAAAUAAAACAAAUUUAUGUGCUUCCUUAAAUGAAUGGUUAAACGCUAAAAAAAAAGAAUACUUAGAGAGUUCUAAAAAAUCUGAUAAGUUAACAUUAUGGGAUAAUAAUAUAGAGGCAUUGUGGAAAGAAUUACAAAAUGGUGAUGGUGACAAAUGGUGCAGUAGAGAACUUAACACAUAUGAACAUUAUAAUGCAUCAAAAAGGGUAUCUACUUUUUCACUACCAUCAUUAAAUGACAUUCUCGUUUCUGUUUUUAUUCCUAUUAUUUCAACACUCCUUGUAUUUUUGAUUAUAUUUAAUUUUGCUAAAAUUAAAAGAUCUGUCCACAGUAAAGUUAAUAGAAAGAUCUUAUUAAGGAAGGAUGUACAAGACGCAUAUCCCUUAGAACAUAAUUAUGCAGAUUUUCCCUUAGAUUUUGAAGACAAAAGAAUUAAUAUAGUUUAUUCAUCAAAAUAA